GCAGCUUGCAGAGCGGCUAGGUUUGGAGGCUAUGCCCUGGCAUGUCACCUUUGUACGAGGCCUGGUGAGGGAAGCUGUGCAAAUGGCAGAUUUAGACAAUCGCAUCGUGGGCACAGCGUCAACGAGGUCGAUACAAAACUUGGUAGAUGCCAGGGCUGUCAUGGAGAAGGAGAAGAAACCCCUCGAGCCCCCGGGCGAGACGAUGGUACUUCCUGCCGUGCCUAAGCGGGGGACGCUUGGGAGGACAGUGCGGUUGAGAAGCGGCAGGAUUGCGACGGAGGGUGAGGUCUGUGACCGAGUGCUGGACAAGCUUGUUGAUGAGUUGAAGAUCUUUGGAGCACCGGUUUUGGAGGAGGUCGUGAAGGCCAUGAACCCGGAGAGGGCCAAGGAGGCGCUUCUGGGGAAGUACCGCAUGUCCACCAUCCGGCGGUAUUUGGCAUCUUGGCAGCGUUUCAGGACUUGGGCAGCAUCUAUGGGACGCCCUGGGCAGAGGCCAACCUCGGUGAUGCUCGUGGACUACAUGUACGCUCGUGAGGAAGAGGGGAUGGGACCCUCGAUACCCCUGGCUGUGAGUACAGCGGUGGCAUGGUUCGAGCGGACUGCAGGAGUGCGGGAGGAAGAUCAGCUGAUGGCCCAGGCUUUUCCCCAGAUGGUGAUGAAGGAGUUGACCAGGAGACUGGAGCAGAACGCUCCACCCGUUCGGCGGGCGCCCCGCUGGUACGGGACAUCGCAUGUCACGUAUGCAGAAGCAGUGGCGGGGAGUGCAAGGACGCUGGCACUUCUAGAGGGCUACAAUGGCAGGUUGAUUCCCUCCGGAUGGGAGAGAUUCUGGUCGGAGCAUAGCGAGAGGGCAACGGUUCCAAGUGGCUUGGCAGCUCUUGGAGUGGAGAAGGCAGACCGGGACUACUUGGGGAGGUGGUGCCCAGAAGGAUCUGAUGUCUAUGUGCGGACCUAUAACUCCAUCGUGAAGAAGAUGCAGAAGAAGAUGGUCGGGAUCCUGAGGGGUGAGACGGCUUAUGAAGACCUGGAUGAAGGGUCUAUCAUGGAAGAGCUCAAGGUAUGGCUGGUGGAGAAGUGGACUGUUCCUGAGGAUCAGGCAGAGAGUGUUGUUGAGGCCUGGAAGGAGAAGAUCGGCGUCAGGGGCAGACCUCAAGCUGUCAUACCGUUAUCCGAGGACGACACGACCAUCUAUGAUGACUCGCAAAGUGAGAAAGAUGGGAAAGGUGCGGCCCCGAAGGAUGCAAAGAAGAGGAAGGUGAAUGAACCUUUGGAAGAAGAGAGAGAGGGCAACUAUGUGGUGGUCUAUCGAAGAGCGGGCCGGGGGACGCUGCAUAGGUUGGGCGACAAGGGCUGCUGGAUGGCGAAGAAGCGCUUCUUCGUGAGAUCCGAAGUCCAUAAGGAGUUGCCGGAGCCCGAAGAGUACACGCUCCGAUGCAAAUUGUGUUGGAGCGGUGGGGGCGGGCACUUGAGUGAGUCCACAAGUGACUCUCAUGACGAACUGAGUCUCAGCGACUAA